AUGGCUAGAUACCUUGUCUCUGCUGCAGCCCUGCUGCCAGCCGCCUUGGCUGCAGCGACACCUCCCCACUCCGUCUCCGCGCGAGCAGGUUGCACUGUUACCAAGUACGCCGACAUUGCUAAUGCAGUCGCGACCUGCACGAACAUUGUUCUCGAUUCAAUUGCUGUGCCACCUGCUAGCGCAAUUGAUUUGCAAAAGCUCAAGAAGGGUGCUACUGUUACAUUUUCAGGAAAAACAACAUUCGGCACCACUCUUGAUAAUGACUUUGACCCCAUUAUCAUUUCCGGAAACAGUGUCACCAUCACUGGAGCCGAUGGCCACGUUAUUGAUGGUAACGGUCAGGCAUACUGGGACGGCGAAGGGUCCAACAACCCCGACAACCCGAAGCCGGAUCAUUUCAUUGUGGUGAAGAAAACUUCCAACGCCAAGAUCUUGAAUCUCAACAUUCAGAACUGGCCAGUUCAUUGUUUCUCAAUCACCGGAAACACGGACUUGAAGAUCGCCGGCUUGACGCUUGAUAACUCUGCUGGUGAUAAGCCCAACUCUAAGAGUGGCGGAAAGCCGGCUGCACACAACAGCGACGGCUUUGAUAUUUCGUCUAGCGACGGCGUCACCCUAGACCACAUCAAGGUCCAUAACCAGGACGACUGUGUUGCUGUUACCUCUGGUAGCCGUGUCACUGUCUCCAACUUGUACUGCUACGGCGGCCAUGGUCUUAGCAUUGGCUCUAUUGGUGGCAAGAGUAACAACACCGUUGACGGUGUGACCUUCAUCGACUCGCAGGUUGUUAACAGCGAAAAUGGAUGCCGAAUCAAGUCUAACUCUGGCAAGACUGGCACGAUCAACAACGUCACCUAUCAGAAUAUUACGCUUACGAACAUCAGCACCUACGGCAUCGAUGUUCAGCAAGACUACCUCAACGGUGGCCCUACUGGCAAGCCUACAAACGGCGUUAAGAUCUCCAACAUCAAGUUCAUCGGGGUCACCGGAACAGCCACCAGCUCUGCUUACAACUACUUCAUCCUGUGUGGCGAUGGCAGCUGCUCCAACUUCACAUUCUCCGGCACCCAUAUCACUGGAGGUGGCAAGGGUGGUAGCUGCAACUAUCCCACCAACAAAUGCCCCGCUUAA